AUGCAUAAUUAUAUGAAUAAGUAUGGAGAUCCUCGAACAAAUUCAUGGUUCCUGAUGAGUUCACCAUUUCCUACAUUAAUAAUAUGUCUAAGUUAUGUUUAUCUAGUCAAGGUUCUAGGUCCAAGGUACAUGGAAAACCGAAAGCCAUUUGAAUUAACAAAUUUGUUAAUAGUUUAUAAUUUUUUACAAGUAAUAUUCAGCACAUGGCUGUUUUAUGAGAUCGGGGCUGCAGGCUGGUUCACAGGCAGGUAUAACUUUCACUGUCAGCCGGUCGACCACUCGAAACAUCCACAAACGAUGAGGAUGGUUCACGCAUGUUGGUGGUACUACUUUUCAAAAUUCACAGAAUUUUUUGAUACGAUCUUCUUUGUGAUGCGAAAGAAAUUCGACCACGUAUCGACCCUGCACGUAAUUCACCAUGGUGUUAUGCCGAUGUCUGUCUGGUUCGGAGUAAAGUUCACCCCGGGAGGUCACUCUACCUUCUUUGGUCUCUUAAAUACCUUCGUACACAUCAUCAUGUACACGUAUUAUAUGAUCGCUGCUAUGGGACCUAAAUUCAGGCCGUACCUCUGGUGGAAGAAGUACCUAACGACCUUACAGAUGGCUCAAUUCAUCGGUAUCAUGGUGCACGCCUUCCAACUUCUAUUCAUUGAGUGCGACUACCCGCGAGCAUUUGUCUGGUGGAUCGGAAUGCACGCGGUCAUGUUCUUCUUCCUCUUCAAAGACUUCUACAACCAGUCCUACAGGAAACCAAGGGCCCGCGCGAAGUCGCCAGUUCCAGUAACGACAGACAUCAGUGCUGAAGAAGUGACGUACAAAAACGGUUCAGUGAAGAACGGGUACAGCAAUGGCCACGCGAACGGGCUAGUGCGGGCGCGCACAGUUCUGCCCGCGGGCAACUGA